UUCCCACUAUCGGAACGUUACCCUUUUACUUUCAAGCUUAUGCUGCACAAACUUUACGAUUUAGACGAGUGGGUGGCCAAAGUCAAGAACGCUUUGGAGGUGUCCAAAUCGCAGUUCAAACCAUUGGCGGAGAAGGUCGAGAGUGUAAUGAGGGAAGCUAGGGGAAAGGAGAAGGCGAUGGAUCGUAAAGGGGUUACUCGAGCGCGAAGUUGUGCCUUGUUAGCGACUGGGGGGAAGUCGAGGGGCUCUGUUAUGCCACGCGAGCAUGCGAAGAGUAUCGCACACAACGAAGGGGACCGGGCGCUGAAUAAAAGGUGUGUGAGGAGACACAAGUUGGUCAGUGGCCCAAUGGAGGCGAGCGUGUGGGUAUACGAUGCAGCGAUCUCAGCUGUGGAGGUCAAUGGACCUUGUCCCACCAUGGAGAUUACACUUUCAAAGAUGACAAAUAGGCCCUCCGGUCAAGAUAGUCAUAUGCGACAUCAGUCAUUAGCGGGGUUGGAAGGGAUUCGUGCUUGUGACACAGUGAGGAGAAAAGUGAGAAUUGAAGUUCCU